UCCAUCCAAAACGUCGAAUCGCCAUUGUUAUAGACAGCUGAUGCGUAAAUUGUAUUGUGUGUGAUCAAAAUAGCGUGAAAUAAUAUAAAAAUAGAUUCAGAAUGGAUGACCUGAGUGAGAUGACGCUUGAGAGAUUCAGAUUGUGGUCGAUGCAUGCACUUAAAGUGUUUUUAUCGCACAGAAAUAGGAGCGUGAAUGGAACAUUCGACGAGCUUUCAGCAAGAGCGUUCUGUGUGUGGGAAGAAAACCUGCCUGUUAAUGAGAAGGCCGAACAGGCAGAACAGCGUCUCCUGGACGAGUAUAAACGGAAACUUGAAGUUGAAGGUGAGGUUAUCCCAGACCCAUUCGCACUGUCAUCAGGCUGGAAAGGCGAAGGUGCUGGAAUGAGUUUAUGGCCAUCUGUGUAUGUAACGGACAUUGCCAAGUUUUUAAAGUGCUCUACACCCAAUGAAGUGGUGCAUCGUUUGCUGAACGAGUACAAACAGGGAAAAGCCUACAGAUACUUUGAAAAUGGAUGGGUGAAAGAAGUCUACCUUCAUACACUAAAUGAAUCUGGUGACAAAUGUGUACUGAAAACCAAAGUGACUCCAUCAAUGUCCAUUAAUAGUAAACAAUAUGAUGUGUGGGUAGUUGUAAGGAAAAACUCAACAGAUCAACCUGGUGGCGAAUUGUUGUCAGCGUAUUGUAGCUGCACAGCCGGCAUGCAUGGUACAUGCAAUCAUGUCGCUGGACUUUUAUUCCGUGUAGAGCACGCAGUGAAAUCUGGAGAAACUUCAAAGACAGCCACAAGUAAAUUGUCGCAAUGGAAUGUUCCAAAGGCAAAACCAACAAAGAAACCGGUGAAGGCAUCAGAAAUUGUGUGGCGAAAAGGACAUUAUGGUAAAAGUGCGGCCAAUGUGGAAAAUGAAAAAAAAAAACAUGCAAUGAAGAAAUUGUUCACUCCCUUAAACAAGAAGCAAGUAUCUUUUGUUCAGGACCCAAGCCAGUUGAGGAGUGACCUAUACAGUGUAUUGAAAGACGACAUUGGUGACUCAUGCUUUGCGCAGAUGUUUGAGAAGACAAAAGUAACUGUACCGACAAUAUCACUUCCACCGACUUUGAUUGAACUUGCACACAGUUUGAAAUCAAGUGGUGACAACAUCACACCUGAGCUUUUUUUAACAAAAUUAGCUAUGACAGAAGAGAUGCGUGCUAGUAUAAGUCAGGCUACAGUAGAUCAGUCACACUCUGAGACAUGGAAAAGCCAAAGGAAAGGCAGGUUGACUGCCAGUUUAUUUCAAAGAGUGAGCAGUCGAGUGAAAACUCUUCAACAAAAUGAAGCUGCAGACCCAACAGCGCUUGUCAGUACCAUCAUGGGUGAAACAGAUGUAAGGCCAACAAAUGCAAUGAAACAUGGGCUAGCGCUUGAACCUGAAGCAAAACGAUGCUACACAAAAACUGCAAAGAAAAAGCACCUGAAGUUGAAAACCAAGGAGUCGGGUCUUUCAGUGUACAUCAAGAAGCCUUAUAUAGCUGCAAGUGCUGACCUUGAAGUUGAGUGCCAGUGCUGUGGGCAAGGAAUUUGCGAGAUUAAAUGCCCAGACAGCAUUAAAGACCAAGUACCGACUGUUGAAAACGUGAAGUAUGUGAGCGAUCAUAACGGACAAUUGGUGGUGGAUAAAACACACCCAUACUUUUACCAAAUGCAAGGUCAGAUGAAAAUGCUUGGUAGACACUACUGUGAUUUGUUCGUGUACACAGUCCAUGGAAGUUUAGUUGCCAGGGUUGUUUUUGAAUCUGAAUUCUGGGAUGACCUUGAGGAAAAACUGACUUGGUUUUGGAUAAGGUUUGUGCUUCCAUGCCUGAUCGGUGACCACCAUGAUGUCAAAGAAAAUGUGAAGGAAGCAAGGACACCAACGAAGAUCCCAACAUUGGACCAGCAAACUGCCCGUCGAGCUCUGAUGCCAGUCACAUUGCCAAAUGGAAGCAAAAAACCAAUCCCACCAAAAAAGAGGAAGAAGCAAGCAGCAAAAUUGCCGGUGUAUUUGUGCGGCUACUGUGGACUUGAUUGUGUUGAUGAACCCCAAUCAGAGGCAGAUCAAUCUGUAAACUGUGACUUUUGCUCUCUGUGGUGUCACUAUCUGUGUGCAGGGGUCACAGAUGAAAGCUUGAAAACAGUUGACAAGUGGUCAUGUGGCAGAUGUGCACGUUUGUUGUAGACAACUGAACAACUUGUCAGGGGAUGUACAAAAAUACCAAUUAAAUUAAUUAUGUUACAUCAGUAAAGAUUAUCAUAUUAAUAGAGCUUCAUGUUCUUUUCAUAAUUCAAUUGGUAUUAUGUUUGUUUCUGCAUUUAAAAAAAAAGAAUUUGCACCUCAUUUUUAAAUAUGUUUAUUUGAAUUUUAAAAUUGGUACUCUGAUAAAAUAAUCUACAUGGAAGAAAUGAUAAGAAUGAUUAAAUGAUCGACAUGGAAGAAAUGACUAUGAAUAAUAUUAAGCCUCUUAGUGUAGCUGAUUACUUGUUAUUGUACUGUUAUCAUAUAGGUGUCAUGUUCUGAGAAAACUGGACAUAAUGCAUGUGCGUAAAGUGUUGUCCCAGAUUAGCCUUUGCAGUCCGCACAGGCUAGUCAGGGACGACACUUAUCACCUAAAUUCAAUGUUUUUUUGCUAAGAAGAGACAUCAUUUAAAGUAAAAAUUCUGUAAAAGCGUAAAUUGUCAUCCCUGAUUAGCCUGUGCACACUGCACAGGCUAAUCUUGGAUGACAAUUUACGCACAUGCAUUUUGCCCAGUUUUCUCAGAACGCGAACACAUAUUUCUAACUAAAAUGGUAAAAAAUAAAAUAACAUGUUCUUUCUA